AGGCUAUACCUUCAAAUAAAGCCAUGCUUUUGCAAAUAAUAGUCACAAUGAAGGCUAUGCCUUGGUAUUGCGCUCUUCCAACACUUUCAGAAUACAUGGUUGAAAAAGGAUGGACCAGAUGUUUCUCUAGUAUAGCUGAAGUUGGUUGGCCAGCCUACAUUGCUUAUGUGACUAUAUAUAUGGUCUUUGUGGAGUUUGGAAUUUACUGGAUGCACAGAGAGUUGCAUGACAUAAAGCCAUUGUACAAAUAUCUUCAUGCAACACAUCAUAUCUACAAUAAGCAGAAUACACUGUCACCAUUUGCUGGACUGGCAUUCCAUCCAUUGGAUGGGAUACUGCAGGCGGUGCCACAUGUGAUAGCCCUCUUCCUUAUCCCGACCCAGUUUAUGACUCACAUACUUCUCCUAUUUGUUGAGGCUGUAUGGACGGCCAACAUUCAUGACUGCAUCCAUGGCAAAGUAUGGCCUGUCAUGGGCGCUGGCUACCACACAAUCCACCACACCACCUACCGCCACAACUAUGGUCAUUACACUAUAUGGAUGGACUGGAUGUUCGGAACUCUUCGUGAUCCUGAGGAAGACCCCAAGAAGGCAGAGUAAUGCAGGUCCGGUGUACUUCUGUAGCCCUUUGUUAGGAUCAGGCAGGCCAGGUACACCAGCUAAGUCUAAUGUUCUGUCUUUGGCUGUUGUAUGACCGCUCAGGAACUUUUUAAAGUUGCUGUGUAAAAAUUUAUGGAACCGCAGACUGAUGAGAAAAAAUUAAAUUAGAGGUUGUGGAUGAACGGCAGAUCAACCAUGCAUCAAUUUCCCUC